AUGGACGGCGAUCCCCAGACUCGAACUUCCAAGAAAAAUGCCCAAGAUGAUCCAUCUCUCGACCGGGAGUGUCCCAUCAUCCACCGUGUUCAUUGCUAUCAUCCCGAUAUCGACGGCGAGGACCACAGUGAACACCCAGACUCAGCAGACUUUCUAGACCCACCACGACUUUAUACAAAUGACCAUCGAGGGUCAGCCUUACGCGGCCAGCACCGGCUCUCCGUGAUGCAACAGCUGCAAGGAAACGGCCCGAUCCGAAUAGUCAGGGGCUACAACUGUGCUGAUUACCACAGAACAAUCAGACAAGCUUUCGGUGCCGUCCCUCCGAGUCUAGAGUCUCGUCUCCCUAGCAAAGUCAGGCCGUACGCUUGCACCCUUGCGACUCCUGGCCCUCUUGCUAAACCGGGCUCGGAAGAGAUCGUCAUAUCGACGGGAUUGAAGACUGCGCUGGAGGACUACACAACAUUGUGCAAACCGCCCAUGGGUCAUUGGGACCCUUUUCGAGAUCUCUAUGCACCGUAUGAUUACUUUUAUCAUUUCCGCCACGAGCUACGCGAUCGAUGUGCUCCGAGCCUGCCUCAACCGGAAAAACAACAGCUUUUUCAACUGCUUCACUGCAUUAACGAGAUACAGGGCGCUAAUUUCGACAAGAUUGACCGGGACUUUGCGUGCGGCAAGGUCCAUCGAGACACUUUCGGCAAGCUCUUCGCCCCGAACGAACUCAUUGUGACCAUCGAGGAAGAUCACCCGCGUGCGUAUAUUACAGAGACUGUCAAGUUGAGUUCCAAGUUUGAUAUUACCCUCAGCUGCUGGACUUGGUACUUCGACGGCAGUUUCAAAAAACACAAUGCCACCAUAACAGUUCCAUGGCCAUCAACAAAUCCGGACGAAUUGCAGAUAAGCAGCCUCUCCACCUUCCCACUUCGACUUGAUAAGACAGGCCUUCGGGAGAGGCUGGUGGCUCGUGGACGAAAAUUCUGGAGCUGUCGACACCAAAGGCUCGUAAGCUACAACGCGCCAUUCCCGACCAUCUUUGAGCUGCAGGUCACAAACCCCAAAUACAUGGUGGACUACAAGACGUUCCGACAGAUUCACCCGUCCCAGUUGGAAAAGCCUUUGGCAAGCGAAAGGGAGAUGUCGGAACAGGGUGUAACAAUGGGAGCAGAGGAGCCCCCAAACGACACCUUUUCCGUUCUCAUGCCUGCCACAAUUGUCGGGUAUGCGUUCCACGACAAGAAAUGGAGAAGCCUCUCCGUCGAGCAUAUCGAGGAUGUCGUUUGGAACGAGGAAGCCUUUAGUCGCCUCGUUUUAAAGUCGAACAAGAAGGAUACCAUCAGAGCCCUCGUGAGCAUUCACUUGACCAGUGCGAAAAACGUUGACUUUGUGGAGAACAAAGGAAAUGGCCUGAUCAUGCUUCUUCAUGGGUCCCCGGGGACAGGGAAGACGUUGACAGCAGAGUCCGUGGCCGAGGUUGCAAAGAAACCCUUGUACCGUGUGACUUGUGGCGAUGUUGGAACAUCUGCCGAGAUGGUGGAAAAGUAUCUCGAGUCCGUUCUGCUCCUGGGUAGUCUCUGGGGGUGUGUUGUGCUGCUUGACGAAGCGGAUGUGUUUCUGGAGGAGAGGCAAGUUACCGAUCUUGCACGGAAUGCUCUAGUAUCGGUAUUCUUGCGUGUUUUGGAGUACUACGAUGGCAUUCUCAUCCUCACGACCAACCGUGUCGGCACAUUCGACGAAGCCUUCAAAUCCCGUGUUCAGCUCGCCAUACACUAUCCAGUUCUAAAUUGUGAGGACCGAUACGAGAUCUGGUGCAACUUCAUCGAGGCCCUGAACGGGAAGAAAGUGCCCAUGCUUUACGAAGAGCUCAGACGUAAGGCUUUGGUCAUGGCACGACGACGCUUUAACGGCCGACAGAUUCGCAAUUGCCUUUGGACAGCGACUCAAGUGGCGAAGUACAGGAACGAGUCGCUAGGGUACAGCCAUAUUGAGCAGGUGAUGGAUAUCUCGCAAGAGUUUGAAGACUACUUGGAAAGAACUCGCGGGCAUACAGACGAGGAGAACGCCCAAGCCCAGGGCACCAGGGCUUUUGAUCCCGAAAUCAACAGUGAAUGA